GGCCUCACUGCCCCUCCAUCUCCAGUGCUCUCAGUAACUCUCUCUGACAGACAUGAAGCUGGAGCUGCAACUGCUGCUAGCACUGCUAGCCACCGCCUGGACUGCAAAGGAGUCUUGUAUGGAACGAUGUGAAAAUGGCUUUGAUGCGACAAAAUCAUGCCAGUGUGACUCGAUGUGCACAUACUACCGGAGCUGCUGCAGUGAUUAUGAGUCUCUGUGCCACAUUUUGGCCCGUGGAGACACUUUCCCAUCUUUUCCUGAAGAUGAAGAGAACAGCACAAUGGUGCCACCUACACUGGAGAGAACUGUACCACCCCCACCACUGAGAACUCUGCCACAAUCCCCAUUAAGAACUCUACAUUAUUCACCACAAGGAACUGUGCCACCCCCACCAUUUACAACUGUACCACCACCACUAAGAACUAAACAACCCCCACCGCUGAGAACACUCCAAUAUACACCAAUAAGAACUGUACCAACACCAACGCUAAAAACUGAACUACCCCCACCGAUGAGAACUGAACUACCCCCACCAAUGAGAACUGAACUACCCCCACCGAUGAGAACUGAACUACCCCCACCGAUGAGAACUGAACUACCCCCACCGAUGAGAACUGAACUACCCCCACCGAUGAGAACUGAACUACCCCCACCGAUGAGAACUGAACUACCCCCACCAAUGAGAACUGAACUACCCCCACCGAUGAGAACUGAACUACCCUCACCGAUGAGAACUGUACCAGCUCCCCCGCAGAGGACUGUGGUACCUUCGCCACCGGGUGAUGAGAACACUACGACACCGCCAGCUCCAGACCCUGAUGCUGAGAUAUGCAGUGGAAGGCCAUUCGAUUCAUUCAUGCAGCUCAAAAAUGGCUCUGUCUAUGCCUUUAGGGGGAAGUAUUUCUUUGAACUGGAUGAUAAGUCAGUAUUGCCUGGUUACCCGAAGCUUAUUGAAGACAUCUGGGGAAUAAAAGGUCCUAUUAAUGCAGCAUUCACUCGCAUAAACUGCCAAGGGAAGACCUACAUCUUCAAGGGUAACCAGUACUGGAGGUUCGACAAUGGAGUCCUGGAUGAAGAUUUCCCGAGGGACAUCUCUGUGGGUUUUGAAAAAAUACCAGAUCAUUUGGAUGCUGCCUUUGCCAUCCCUGCUCACAGCCACCACGGCAAGGAGAAGGUUUACUUUUUCAAAGGUGAUCGUUAUUACCAGUAUGAGUUUAAGCACCAGCCUUCCCAUGAAGAGUGCUUUCAGCUGCACAGGAGUUCCCCCUCGGCCCUCUUCAGCCGAUACACCGACCUGUAUUAUGACGGCUGGACAGAGUACUUUAACCAGCUCUUCAGUGGAUUACCAAACCAUCAUGGCAGCCACCACUUCAUUGAUAAGGACUGGAUUGGUAUCAAAGCCCCAGUGGAUGCUGUGCUAGCUGGAAGGUUGUAUGUAUCGUCUAGACCUUUACAAAGGCCCAGUAGAAGACGUCAGGAUGAUGAUCAGCAGUGGAGCCAACAAAGGGGUCAACAGUGGGAUCAGCAGUGGGGUCAACAGCGGGGUCAGCAGUGGGGCUCCAGACGCAGGCAGAACCGAUCUCCUUACUGGGACACUAUGGCUGAGAGGGGUAUCAGCAUUGGGCAGGAGUUUGCUCAGAGGUACGGACAGGAGCACUGGAGAGACCAGGACAGACGAAGGAACGAUCACAGACGGCAGUAUGACUAUGAUUAUGACAACAGAUACAACCCUACUGAGGACCUGGCUACUGACAUACUGCGCAGGAGCCAGCCUUUACAGAGUGUCUACUUCUUUAAAGGAGACCAGUACUACAGAGUAGAUUUGAGGACCAAGCGAGUCGACCGCACCUUUCCUCCAUACCCAAGACCUAUUGGCAAAUACUGGUUGGGCUGCCCAGACAAACCAGGAGCAGAGAAGAGAUGAGUCUGCCUGUAAAACUACAGAAUGAUGUUGUGCUUGUAUUUAGUAUAAUAAAAAAAUACCAAUCACCAAUUAAUGUCUAUAUUCAAACUUAAAAGGGAUGUUUACACAGAAAAAUAAAUUUACAAUUGUUGACCUAUCCCAAAUAA